UCUAUUGUAAUGCUAGUAUGUUUUUUGGCACUAGCUAGGUCUCGAAUUAUAUUGAGGAGCUCUCCGACAUUUUCACCUGCAAGCAAGGCACCAAGCGGGACACUAUCAUAGCGGAGCCCUUCAAAGCACAGCCAGCACUGCCGCAUUGCCGCGCGGGCUGCGAAAUUUCGAAUAGCGCGCUCACGACAAAUAAAAUGAGCUCGGACGAGCAGCGCAAACAAGAGGCCGCCAAGGUCUGGUGCGCCUCGCUGGGCGAACCGAGCCCCGAGGAGCAGCGCGACGACGCGCUCACGUCCGAGUACAAAGGCCGGUCCGUCCGCGUCGACAAGGUCAACGGGACCGUCCAAAAUGUGAAGUUCGGCUUCGCGCACGUGGUGCUGGAAGACGGCACCACGGCCAACCUCAAGUUCGAGCACUUGGGCAAGUUUUUAGGUCAUUAUACGAUCUGGGACUCGUCCACUGCCGAGGCAACGGCCUCGGCCGCGCUCGCCGUCGAGGCGCAGGCCGAGGCGGCGCAGCUCACGCCGCCGUCGACGCCGAAGCGGGCGCCCUCGUCGCCGCGCGACGUCACGUCGCCGGCGCCGCUGCUGCUGCACCGCGGCGCCGAGGCGCUCGAGUUGCCAGCGCCGCCGUGGCCGCCCCACCGCAUCGUGGCGGCGACAGGCUGCGAUCGGCCCCUGGCGAGCUACAGCUCGCCGGGGCCGUUCGAGCCGGGCGGCGCCGACGCCCUGAGGCAGGGCGUCGGCGUCGAGGACCUCGUCCUCGCCCCUGACACCGGUCAGGGGUGCCGGAGCCGUCGUCGUCUUAGUUAUGACGACGACGGCCCGGGCGGCGGCGACGCCGGGAGGGAGGGGAUCGGCGUCGAGGUGGGCGAUGUCCCCCUCGACCCCGACCCCGACCCCCGGAGUCGUCGUCGUCCGGGGCAUCCUCAGGAUGCCUCUUUGCAUGCAACCGGUGCCGGCUCGAGCUUCGAGCCGGCACCAAAGGCCUCCGGGCAUUUGGGGGGCACAGACCCCCCACCAACACAUCUGAUUCGGGAGCCGACGCUCGAGCUAAAGCCCGAGCCGACGCCGCCGAGGAAGAAGAAGAAAAAACGUCGUCGCAAGUGGAGGGCAUUGGACGCGUCGCCGACCGGCGCCGCUUCCGACGCUCUAGCUGCCGCGCCGACGUCCUCACGGUCCCGCACGUCGUCGGACGCCUCGCUGACGUCCUCGUCGACGUCCGCGUCGUCGCCUCGGACGGUGACGGCGCUGGACCGCGACCUGAACAAGGAGCUGCUGGACCCGAAGACCAAGAUCCUCCAGCUCUUCGCGACGCGCGGCGACGAGUUCUCACCCGUGAACCUGUCGACCGCCGUCCACCAAUUGGCGAAGCGCCGCGUGCCCUGCGCGCAAGAUCCGAGGUGCGCGCGGCUCCUCGCCGCCGUCACGUCGUGCGUCGACGCGGACGGCAUGUCCAUGCGAGGGCUCGCCACGGUCGCCUGGGGCGUGGCGCAGCUCGGCGCUGGACCGGAGCUCCUGGACGCCAUCUCGUCGUGCGUGCUGCGGCGCCUGGACGACCUGGACGAGUUCAAGGCGCAGGAGAUCUCAAAUUUGCUGUACGCCUACGCCACGACGGGCCACGAGGCGCCGGCUCUGUUCGACGCGAUGGCUGGCUACCUCACUCAGUCGUCUCGCCUGCACGACUUCGCGCCGCGCCAUUUAACCAUCAUGGCGUGGUCGUUCUGCGUGGCGGGGGCCUUCGGGCCGACGAUGUCCGGCGCGAUCGCCGACGCGCUGCAGUGGCCGAACGCCGAGCCGAGCGAGGACGCCCUCGCGGACGUGCUAGCGGGCCUGGGUCUGACGAAGAACGCGGUCCUCGACGCCGACUCGGCGGCACGGCUCGUCCGCGCCCUGGACGACUCCAGCGGUUCCCUCGACCAGCUCGGGCCGCGGGAGCAGUCGCAACUGUAUCAGGUCCUCCUCUACCUGCAGCUCGAGGACUCGUCCUCGCGGUUGCUGCCGGUCCUCGCCCAGCGGCGCGACGUCCUCCGGGCGGCGUACGUGCGCCACGACGCCCGGCCCUCGCGGUCGCAGAAGGACGUCUCGCGCGCGCUCGACGAGCUCGACUGGAAACACAAGUACGAGUGGGUCACGGUGGAAGGGUUGAGCCUCGACCUCGCAAAACCGCGCCAGCGGAUCGCGAUUGAGUACGACGGCCCGUCGCACUAUUUGACGGGUGACGGUGGCGCGCCGCGAAUCAACGGAACCACCGCGUUCAAGCACCGGCUCCUCGAGGCCCUCGACUGGCGCGUUAUCCACAUCUCGUACUUCGAGUGGGGAGAGCAGCGUACGUGGACGGCCAAGAAGGCGUACCUCCGCCAGAAGCUCGGCCUCUCCGCGCCAGCAGGGUCCGGCUCGUCGCCAGGCCGGUCGCGCGCCGGCAGUAUCACCUCCUUGGUAUCAAGCUCGUUGGAUUUGAGCCUCGGUGAGGACGCGAUGACGACGCUCCUCGCAAGCAUCGGCCUGAGCGACCUCGAGAGUCGGCUUCGAGAUGAAGCCAUCGACGAGACGACAUUUCUAGAUCUCGACGACGAGGAUCUCAAAGAAAUUGGGAUCAAAAUGGGCCCGCGGCACAAGUUGUUGACGGCGCUGCAAAAGGCCAAGGACCGGACCAACAGCGCGCCAGUGCCUCCGCCGCCGGCGGGCGGGGCCUGGACCUGUUCCGCGUGCACGUUCGAGAACCCGGACCCGAGCCACGUGAGGUGCUUUAUCUGCAUGGCGCCGCGCUCCUGAACCCCUUCCCAGCCCCUCCUACUAGUAGACGAUAAGUCUGAACAUAAGAACUUACACAAA